AUGGCUCUGAUGUGUGGCAUCCACACCCAGAUCGAGCUAUGCUCGCAUGGCAAUGACUUUCCAGGAACCAGCAGCGAGACGUUGCUCACCCGGGAUGCCCUGGAGCUGGCCCGGGUGGGGAAGAAAGAGGUUAUGAAGCGAAGAUUCCGUCUAGCUAGCACAGUUGGAUUCGCGAGUAGCCUGAUGAUUACAUGGGAGGCGAUGAUGAUACAAUUCGGAGUGGGACUACGAAAUGGAGGUCCUCCUGGGCUGAUAUACGGAUACAUCGGGGUCUGGAUCGCCUUUUUGAGCAUUUUCAUCGCUAUGGGAGAGCUCGCCAGUAUGAUACCUUCGGCCGGUGGGCAAUACCAUUGGACCAGUAUUCUCGCUCCAGCAUCCUCCAAGCCAUUCCUCAGUCACAUCACCGGCUCCAUCACCAUCAUCGCUUGGGAGACUGUGGCAGUCGGCAACUAUGUCAUUAGCGCGAGCGUUCUACAAGGUACCGUCGCGCUAGGCAGGCCCCAGUAUGAUCCCAAAGGAUGGCAUGUAACAUUUAUCACCUGGGGCAUCUUAUUGGUUUCCCUGCUUGUCGUCACAUACCUUGGAGUGGUUCUCCCCGCCAUCGAGAUAUUGAUCCUGGUGAUCCACCUCUUUGGCUUUUUUGCGGUCUUGUUUUCUCUGAUUGCUCUGGGUCCGCAAACCGAUGCACGAUCUGUCUUCUCUAUGCUCGUGGACCUGGGCAACUGGGAUUCCAUUACCCUGUCGUCGUUUGUAGGCCUGCAAGGAACCGCGGUGGCAUUUGUGGGCAUGGACGGGGCCAUUCAUAUGGCCGAAGAAGUCGAAAACAGCAGCAUGGUGGUACCCCAAUCCAUGCUCCUCGCCAUCGUGAUCAACGGAGCUCUCGGAUUUGGCAUCCUGAUCACCAUUCUCCUCAAAUCCGGCGAUAUCCAAGCCCUUCUCAACUCCGACACCAAAUACCCCUUCAUGUUUGUGUUGGAAAAUUCCACACAGAGCAAAACCGCCGCAAUCAUCCUCUCCAGCAUGCUGGCGAUCCUGACUGCCUGCGCCGGACUAUCCACCCUGGCCUCGGGCAGCCGCAUGCUGUGGUCUUUCUCUCGCGAGAAGGGCAUUCCAGGCUGGAACUGGAUCCGUCAAGUCCACCCCCGCACCUCCCUCCCCAACCACAGCAUCUUCAUCAUCGUGAUCGCCACCGCCCUCAUCAGCCUCAUCAACGUCGGCUCCAACUACAUCCUGAACAUCACCCUCUCCCUCAUCAUGCAAGCCUUUUUCUCCUCCUACCUGAUUCCCCUCUCCCUCCUCCUCUACCGCCGAGUCCAAGGCCACAUCGCCGACCCCAAGGAAGCCGACCUCGACCCUGCCCAGCCAUACACCUGGGGUCCGUUCCGGGUAAAGGGCUGGCUCGGCAUCGUGAAUAAUAUCUUUUCCAUCGUGUGUUUGGUCAUUAUGUUUCUGUUUGGGUGUUGGCCGUUGCAGAAUCAUCCCAGUCCGCGCGAGGUUAAUUAUAGUAUUGCCUUGACGGGGGGCGCGACGGUUUUGGCGGUGGUGUAUUAUUUUGGUUGGGCGAGGAGGGUCUAUCGGGGGCCGGUGGUGGAGGUGAGGGUUUUAAGUCAGAGAACUUAG